UAUAUAUAAGCAGCGGAUAUGGAAACUUAUUCAACAGUCAAAAUGAAUAUCAACACAGAGAACCUUGUGGCAAUUAUUUCUAAGCUACAGUACGAUUUGGAUGUCACUAGGCGAAAGCUACAAGAGGUUUCAGCAGAAAAGGACAAUGCAUUAAGCAGGUUGAGCUCCAUCGCUAGUGCAAAACUAACCUACAACAACCCAAACAUAGCGGACCUGUCAGACAGGAACAGACCCCAGAAACUUGGGGAAAUGUUCGGUGAGCUGUACGACAAUGAAUGGACGGACGCAGUCGAUCGUCUCACGGACAUCAUGGAGGAGAAGAAAGCUAUCAUACUGCUGAGAGAUGUCCUCCAAUAUAUCUAUGAGAAAACGAAAAAGGCAUCAGAAGACCAGUAUCGUAAUCUCCAAAAUGCCUUAUUUCAGAGGGACUUGAGGAAUUCGGAAAUGAAGAACUUCAUACCAAUAUACAAGAAAAUAGGUGAAAUGCAAAAGGAAGUGGCAGCAAUCUCCAUUGAAAACUCAAAGCAGGGCUUCAGAAUUGAUUCGGAUUUCAUGCUGCCGUUCGAAAGUGUUAUUCUUUACGGUGAACCUUAUGUAGACAGAUGUGUAGAACUGUGCUGGAGAAUGCAUAUUCAGGACCCUCCCAUGAUUCUGGACUUUAGUAGUUCAUCAGAAAUUGUGGACAAAACCAUGUUUAGACUUUUCACACGAAGUGGAGAAUACGUGGACUUUGUUGUCUGGCCUGCCCUAUUACUGCACGAGAAUGGCCCUCUUGUCCAGAAAGGCGUUGUGCAACCUUUGAAGUCAAAAUCAACGCUUAAAUCUCAUUAACCUUCAGACAGUUUACAUUUCCUUUUACAGUACCGAGUUAUAUUUGUUUGAACUUGGAAGAUCAAUGUCAUCUGAACCGUUUCAUGUUAACAUAUAGAAUUUUUACACUCUAGAUUGAUGAGGAAAAUUUUUUGAGAUUCUUGUCAACCGAUUGGCAAACACGCAAUCGACAAAACGACAAGUGCUAAUUAUAUAAAUAAUCAGCUGCAAUAUUCUAAUAAUAUGCCAAACCAUAAUAAAUAUUUUUUAGUUUUGUUAUUUUGAUAUGCUAUUGUUACAGUUGUUUCGUUGUUGAAUAAAAAAAUUAUUUACAGUUGU